GCGUUCCUCGCCUUGAUCACGGUGGCUCUUUUCUUCGCCCUCCACGUGGACAGCCAAUUUAGAAAGGAGGAUUUAGAGUUCGAAAAGUGUCCAGCCUGUUUUGGACAGUCCUUCUGUCCGCAGUUUUUUCGUGGCGAUGUUCGUCUACCUGCUUUCCACACUUCAGUCCUCGAUCUCACCCAAGCAUAUGUGGGCACCGAUCACAGAAAGUAUCCUGUCACGCUGCGUCGGCUGUACACUCCAGCUAAUUCGGAAACAGUAGAUGCAGCUGUCUGCCGGCGGGGUCCACGCUUCACUUCAUCUCCUGACAGUCCGCAAGCUGUGGAGGUAUUAAAAAAGCUCAAAUGUAUCCCUCAUCUCGCCAUCUGGCAAUGGCGACCAACCUCGGGCGCAAUAACCAGCGAAGCCCUGCAUGAAAGCCUGUCAACUGCUGAGACUGUGCCUUCCAAAUCCACUGAAGAAAAUCUACUAGGCACCGGGGACGAGAUGUCGACCGGAUUUUCGCCCCUGGUACGCUGUGCCAGUCCUAGGCUUUUCUCGCUAGUGCAGUCACGGUAA